GAGAGAGAGAGAGAGAGGCAUGCAGCUGGAGCCUCACACACAACUGUAGCCAGUCUUGGAAUCUGAGCGCUGCCAAGAGGCAAAAAACAGGAGCCAGUGUCGCACUUCAAUGAGAAUGACAUGCACUCAAAAGAGCGAGGGAAUCUUCUUCUAAGGGAAUCAAAGGAACAUCAAAGCGAACGUCUACAAUGCCAGAGUUGCUGAUCCAACCGUUUAGAUCAUUUGCCAUUCAGCGCUGCCUUCCUUAUUAGAUUAUUCAUCCGGAAUUGUGCCUGUCCCGAGGAUCAAUUGGAUACAGCCGUGAUGAUGAUGAUUCACUUCCCCUGGCUGUUCCCACUACUCUGCCUCCUCCCUCUGGGCUCACCCGUCAUGCUGGUGGUGCGGAGUCGGGGUAGUGUCCUGCGCCCCCCCAGCCAAACGCUGCAGCCUGAGGGCAGAGUGCUGCACAGAUCCAAGCGCGACUGGAUGUGGAGGCAGUUCUUCCUGUCGGAGGAAUACAUGGGAAACAGCUACCAAUACGUCGGCAAGCUUCGCUCGGAUAAGGACAGAGGGGACGGGACGGCGAGGUACGUUCUCUCUGGAGAAGGAGCGGGCACCAUCUUCCGAAUUGAUGAAAAAUCUGGCGAUCUCCAUGCCACUCAGAGGCUGGACCGAGAAGAAAAGGCGUCCUACACUCUGCAAGCUCAAGCUUUCAACAAAAACACAGGCCUCCCUCUGGAACCUGCCACCGAGUUCAUCGUUAAGAUCCAUGACAUCAACGACAACGAGCCCAAAUUUACCAAGGACGUCUACACGGCCAGCGUACCUGAGAUGUCUGACGUGGGUACCUUUGUGAUAGAAGUCAAUGCAACAGAUGCAGACGACGCCUCAUAUGGUAACAGCGCUAAACUGGUGUACAGCAUCCUGCAAGGUCAGCCAUACUUCUCCGUGGAACCUGAGACAGGAAUCGUGAGGAUAGCGCUGUCCAACAUGGACCGCGAGGUGCGGAAGGACUACCAGGUGGUUAUCCAGGCCAAGGACAUGGCAGGGCAGAUGGGGGGUCUCUCUGGAACAACCAUGGUCAAUGUCACCCUCACAGAUGUUAAUGACAGCCCCCCACGCUUCGCCUACAGCUCGUACCAUUUGAGCACUUAUGAGUCGGCGGAGAUCGGCUUCACAGUGGGUCGAAUCAAAGCCAAUGACGGAGAUGAGGGAGAGAACGCGGAGAUGAAGUACAGGAUUGUGGAGGGAGAUGGGAAAGACUCAUUGGAUAUCAUUACUGAUGAAGUAACACAAGAAGGCAUUAUAGUUGUGAGAAAGCAACUUGAUUAUGAAAGCAGGAGAGUGUACACCAUCAAAGUGGAAGUGACCAACACACACACUGACCCCAACUUCCUCCACCUGGGUCCAUUCUCGGACACGGCCACUGUCAAAGUCACAGCUAAAGACGUGGAUGAGCCACCCGUCUUCAGCAGACCACAGUUUGUCAUUGAGGUCAAUGAGGACACACAGAGGGGAAGCAUUAUAGGAACGGUCACAGCCUGGGACCCUGAUGCUACAGAUUAUCCUGUCCAGUUCGCAAUAGACCAGCACACAGAUCCCGAGAGACUCUUCCACAUCGACCCCAAAAACGGAUCCAUCACAACCUUGAAAUCUCUCGACAGAGAGGUGUCAAAGUGGCACAACAUCUCCGUGCUCGCCAGCGAAAUAAAUAACCCUCGCCAGAGGAGCCGUGUUCCUGUCUUGAUAAAAGUCUUGGAUGUGAAUGACAAUGCUCCCGAGUUUGCCAUGUCUUACGACACGUUCGUGUGCGAGAAUGUAAAAGCUGGGCAGAUAAUCCAAACCAUCAGCGCCAUAGACACGGAUGAGCCUCUGAUUGGUCACAAAUUUGUAUUCAGCUUGAGCACCAGCAACCCAAACUUCACCAUCUUUGACAAUGAAGAUAACACAGCUAGAAUUCUGACCAGAAGGAGUGGGUUUAACAGGCAAGAAGUGAGUGCCUACUAUCUGCCCGUUGUCAUCUCGGACAAUGACUACCCCAUCCAGAGCAGUACGAGCACGCUGACCAUCCGUGUGUGCAGCUGUGACAGCACGGGGAGCAUGCGCUCCUGCAGUGUGGAUGCUCUCCUGCUCUCCGCCGGCCUCAGCACCGGAGCCCUGGUGGCCAUCCUUCUCUGCAUAGUCAUCCUACUCAUGAUCGUGGUGCUGUUCUCAGCUCUGCGGCGGCAGCGACGGAAGGAACCUCUGAUCAUCUCCAAAGAAGAUGUGAGGGACAAUGUGGUCAGCUAUAAUGACGAAGGUGGUGGCGAGGAGGAUACUCAGGCAUUUGACAUUGGCACGCUGCGCCACCCGGAGGUCAUGGAGAGCAACAAGUUGAGGCGCGACAUCAUCCCCGAGAUGCUGUUUCCAUACCACCGGCCUUCGCCCAUGAACGAAUGUUCGGACGUGAGGGACUUCAUCAGCAGCCGGCUGCAGGAGAACGACACUGACCCAUCAGCGCCCCCUUACGAUUCUCUGGCUACUUAUGCUUAUGAGGGAAAUGGUUCAAUCGCUGAGUCAUUAAGCUCCCUGGAGUCCUCGGUAACGGAGGGAGACCACGAAUACGAUUACCUCAGCAGCUGGGGGCCUCAGUUCAAAAAGCUGGCUGAUAUGUACAUAGGAAAGGAUACCUGUACAUCAGGACUGACUAACUAGCCCUGGUGAUCUGUGUUCGCAAACACUACGUAAAUAUUACGUGAGGUCCUGGGCUGUGAGCCGACCUCUGUAUACCAGACGGAUCUACUUCAGAUGAAGUCUCUCCUCACUUGUUUUCUACUGACCCUCGCUGACUUUCACUUUUGUUAUCUGACAGAUUCUUUGUUGACAAUGUCGUGGCAAUUUCGUGCUGAUGAGAGGAGUGAUGGUGGUCUUUGUCAAUGCUUUUUGUUCACUAGCCGAAUUAAAAAAAAAUAAAAAAUUAAAAAAAUCAUCACUUGAAGCAAAUGAAUGGUUGACCUUGGCUAAAGAA